AACAGGUCAGCCACACUCGUUCUAUCUACACUGGAAAGGAAGUGACUCGUUAAGGAUAGACAUGAGGAGGUGACGUCUCCUCAAGUCCUCGUUUUUUGGUGCUGGUUUCUUCGUGCCCUUUGACCGAGUCUCACUCUAAGGCAGAUGGGGACCACGUGAGAGCACGCACCGCCACCAUGGCGCGUACGCUGCGCUGUGUGUUCACGUGGACCUUCGAAGGGAUCCUGUGUACCUGCAGGUUCCUUUGGGUUUGCCCAUACAAUGCAGUCCGGUUCUUACCAAGGGAAAAUCACACAAUAGCGGAAAAAGGCCGUCAUCACAAACAAUCCAUAGGUUCUGAAAGCAAGAUGGUGGCCGCCAUACCAGGCUGCCCUGACCGCACCGCCGCCCUCCAGAAGCGGUUGGCCAAAACCGAGCAGGACAUCCUGUCGCUGAAGACCAGGAUGGCCUGCGAGGGGGCGUCGUGGAGAGAAGGUUUGCGGAGCUGCGGAGGAAGCAGGCAGAGCUUUGCAAUCAGGUGUGUGGUGUUCCCCGGUUUGUUGGGUGACAUCGCUGGUGAUAUCGUUACGCCCAUCAGGUCAUCUUCGACGCUGCGGCACUGACAGGAGCGCAGACGAGAGUGGACAAUGGAGACUUAUUGGAGGAGCGCUCCAGCAAAUCCUUCAGCGUGGUCAUGCUUCAUGACAGAUGUGCUGAUCUUCCGUCACCAGGCGGCCAGUUGUCUUUGUCGUCAGUGUCAAGCUCCAAUUCUUCCUGCUCUUCAGUGUCAAGUGUGAGAUCAGGACGAUCUUCAGGACCGCACCGGGUUUUUGUCCCCCACUCACCCUUGGACCUGCAGCUGGGCCACCGGGUCAGAAUCAUGUUGCCGACCGGGCGCAUCAGCACGGGCACCGUUCGCUUCCUGGGCCACCUGCAGGGGGAGCCAGAGCUCCACCUGGGCGUGGAGCUGCAGGCGCCCGACCACGGCGUGCGGGACGGCCACCAUAAGGGUCACUGCUACUUUGACUGCAAACCUGGCCAUGGUGCCUUCGUAACUUUCCACAAGCUACUGAUGGCCUGGGAAUGACCCUGCAAGGCAAGGACACCUUGGACAAAGCAGUAUUGGCAUUUUGGAAAGAGAUACACCACAUUUUUUGCAGUAUAAAAAAAAAUAAUACAAACUCUAAUCAGGCAUGUGAUUUGACCACGAUGAAAAAGACAGAAAACAUUUCCGGGGGUCUGGGGGACGAAGGCCAGGUCCAGGGCGGCGCCCUGGUGGGGGGACAAAGGGGGCAACGCCCCCCGAAGCUCCUGGUUUUUCACCAAUUUAACAUGCUAAAAUUAACAAAGACAGCACCAUUUACACAAAUGGGGCUGUCUCUCCCUGUUACCAAAAAAACCCAAAAACUUCUGGUUCCUACAAUAUAGAACAAUACAGUCUGCAAGGGACACAGUCCUCAGAGCACACAUGAUUGUGCGCGGUGCCGGUCCACCAACAUUUUCACCAAUUACUAUCCUUUAUGUAAUUGUCUUUAAAUUGCUUUACUUUCAAACAAAACAAACAAAGGACCUUGAAGGCCUACUGAAAGCCACUACUAGCGACCACGCAGUCUGAUAGUUUAUAUAUCAAUGAUGAAAUCUUAACAUUAUAACACAUGCCAAUACGGCCGGGUUAACUUAUAAAGUGACAUUUUAAAUUUGCCGCUAAACUUCCGGUUCGAAACGCCUCUGAGGAUGACGUAUGCGCGUGACGUAGACCGGGGAAC